GACCCUUGGUGUCACCAUGGAUGAUGAGAUCGAGGUCGAGAAGCAAGCGCUGCUCGAUGAGUCCGCAGAGAAGCUCCAACACGUCGAGCCAAUGACUCCGGCUGACAGACAACCUGUUCGUCCGUUCAAAAAAUGGAUGGAUAGCUUCAAAGGACACAGACACGGAUCCCCGACCUUCAAACGACGAUACGUGGAAGGCUGGUCGGAAACAUCAUCUCAUGGUUCGCACAGCCAACAGUCGAAUGUGUCCGAUGAAUCGCAACUGGGGACCGUCAAGACGACGUCAACGAGCAUUGAGAGCCAGAGUAUGGCAAGAUCCAGGGGAAACACACGGAGCGCAGUGAACCAGAGCCUGUUGUCGGAUGUGCGCGAUUCCGACGAAAGCCCCCGUCCAACUUCUAGUCAAUACGUCGAUGAAGCCGCAGAGGCACGGGCGAUCAAACGGCGUCAUAUCCUGAGAGAGAUUGUUGUCACGGAGUCUGAUUAUGUGCUAGGCCUUAAAGCCCUUGUAGGAGUCUUUACGAUAUUUAGCGCAAGGCAUGAGAUAUCUCACAACAUCCAGGAGAUUCUUGGAUUACACGAGCAGUUUUUAAUCCAGCUUCAAAUGAUUUCGCCCAUGUCGGAACCGCAUGUUGAACAGGCAGGCCUCUCUGGACUUACAUCCCGGGGGAUUUCCAAACGACUCGGGGCCCUUGACUUAGACAGUUUGAGGGGGCUUCAACAGCGAUCACUGAGGACUCGAACGUUUAAAGCAUCUAUCAGUCAGCGCCUCAAGGUGCUCACCGCAGAGCCAAAAGAAGCACUUGAAGUUGCGCGGGGAAUUGAACACCUGUCGCUUUCGUUCUCUGCAUACGACCGAUUUUGCAGCAACUAUGAGCUCCUUACACAAGACGUUGCUCUUCUACGUCGGUCAAUUGCCAAUUGGACAGUAUAUGACCAGGGGAUCGAGGCACUAUCCAAAUCGGUUGCGUCUACAGACCGACGGAGACAAGAGGAAAACAAAUCAAUGACCUUGAACGACUUGUUAAUAAAACCUAUCCAACGUCUCUGCAAAUAUCCUCUCAUGCUACAGGAUCUGCUCAGAGCUACCCCCGUCAGUGAUUGUCCCUCUUCGCAUGAUGGGAUUCGACAAAUUUUGGAGAGUAUGCGUACAUUAGUUACGCGUAUCAAUUCAGCCACUGGAAAUCCAAUCAACAAAGAUCGCAUCCACAAAACAAUUCUUCUCCAGCGCAGAGUGGAAAUCCCCCAAUUGGGCGCACUUGAAGGUAUAUACAAGGAUCUCGGCCCAAUGAUUCUCUGUGGUGUUCUUCAUGUCGCAUAUCAAACGCCUGAAACCACUGCCGGGGAUUUCAUGGUCUGCGUUCUUUUCAAUUAUUAUCUUCUUCUGGCCAAAGGUAUUGAUGAACUACAUAGACUGGAAGCAGUGGCCUGCAUUUCUUUAGACCAUGUCAAGAUUGAUACAAUCCAGAAUGGGCAAGGUCUGUGCUGCUAUGGAUGUCUGUUUUCAUGGAAACUUCAAUUUCAGGAAGAAGAAAACUACGAAUUUGUACUCAGUGCAUCAUCGGCCGUGGAAGAAAAGCAGUGGAACACCGAGCUUCUCAAAGCCUCCGCCGCAAUGGUCGAACUGGGCCAACAAGGGACGAGGGAACGAAGGAAAUAUUCAUUUUUGGCCCUCCACUUAGCGCCUCUCAAUCGUGUCCAGUACGCAGUGUCAUCCCUGGCUCGGAGAUCCUCCAUGGACUCCAUGUCAAUUUCACGCAGGUCCCACGUCCAACAUGUGGUCAUCAAGAAGACGCACCGCCCGCGCAACGCCGAAGAGCCGGCCACACCGGUGGAUGGCGAGAUAGAACGGGCCAAGAUACCAGCUUCGCCUGGAGUAUUAGUUUUCACAGCUCGACGCAUUGAUCGUAUCCGUUUGGAGCGUCUGGUUGCAGACGUGUACACCAGAGACCUUCUUCCACUGCCCGGAAUGGUCCUUGGGAGAGGGGAUCUUUUCCGACGUCGUUCGAUCAUGAGACGACUGAGUCAUCAUACCGGUUUCACCAAACGGUCAAGCUCUGUCAGAACCUCGCGUUCAGGGCCAGCUCCUAGUGGGUUUGAAUCGAACGACGACGAAGAGGGCAAGGAUAUCGCAGGUAGCAGUGAAGUGUUUAAUGACAAGGACGUCGAGCUCCAGUCGCUCCAGAAACUCACAACACCGCGACGAUCGAGAACGCUCCGGUUCAGGGGGUCUCCAAAGAAGUCCCCCAAGUCCCCCAAGUCCCCGGUGACGAGCCCUUCACCUCGCAGCGAGAAACAAUGGAGCCAAGACGGAAGCUCCGAGGCCCCGUCAUCUCCCAAGAAAUGGUUGUCUCCUAUGAAUUUGUUCAGUAUCUUUGCGUCAAAGCAGUCGCGCAAGCCCCACUCUUAUGAGUGA